AUGUGGUCUAUGUGCUUUGUAUCGCUUUCGGCGGUUUGUAUUCAAGCAGUGUUAGGGAUAAAUAUUCUAGUUUCCGAUAUAAUAUUAUCGGAAAAGGUUCCUGUGAAUGGCAAGGAUGUAGCUUCCGUCCCCAGUGUGACUGAUGAUAGAAUUGUGAACGGACAGGAAGCUGACAUAAAGGAUUAUCCUUACCAAGUUUCGUUUAUUGUGAAUAACUCCUACUUUUGUGGAGGUUUCAUAGUCAGCGAAAAUUAUAUUAUGACAGCCGCACACUGUGCACAAAACGUGGAUCCAAAAACAGUAGUCCUACGAGCCGGAAGUUCGUUUCGGAAGAACGGAACCAUCAUUGAAAUAGCAGAAGUCACUCCUUUCCCAGAAUAUGACGAUCCACCUUUUGACAAAGAUGUAGCAUUUAUGAAAACUACAAAACCUAUUGAAUUUAGCGAAACAAUGCAGCCUGUAGCUCUACCUCCCAGAAAUAGGGCGGUGCGUGGAAAUUCGGAAAUAGUUGUCAGUGGUUGGGGAAGGACAAGGCAAGGUGCAUCAUCCAUCCCAGAUCGUCUUAUGUCCGUGAAAUUGCCUGUAGUGAACUAUUAUCAAUGUUUUCUCGUCUACCCCACUGUACUCACUACGAAUAUGUUCUGUGCCGGAAACUUUUUCUUGGGAGGGGAAAGUACUUGUCAGGGUGAUUCAGGUGGUGCUGCUGUUCAAGAUGGCAUGGCUGUUGGCAUCGUGUCCUUUGGCCGAGGCUGUGGACAGGCGCUUUCACCAUCAGCGUUCGCUAAUAUUGCCUCGCCUCUACUGAGAGACUGGAUCACUGAGAAUACUGGAUUAUAA